AUGCAAAGAAGGCGCAGCGGAAAUGCACAUUCAGGACCUAUGACGAUUGCAAAAGGUUCAAAUACCCACGGGAUCCUUAAUCAACGGCCGUCAAGAGACGAAUACUACCAGAUCGGUGUGUACGAAACGCAAGGCACUCGCCCGACCAUGGAGGAUACGCACGCCUUUAUCGUUGACUUUGAUUCGGUCAAGGGCCAAGGAUACUUUGGCGUAUUUGACGGCCACGGAAACAAAAAUGUAGCAGAGUGGUGUGGCUACUACUUUCACCAGAUGCUCUUGGGUGCGAUGCAUGAUCAUCCAAACCUUGCACUCGAGAAAGUUCUUCACAAGGCUUUCAGGAGAGUAGACGAAACACUGCGAAAGUAUUCCCUACAAUCUGAACAAAUAGCCGAGUCCGGAUCUACAGCAGCGAUUGCUUUUCUGCGCAUCGAAGACAAAGACGGUACACAGGCCUCUUUUACUUCUCCGCCCGCAGCCGAGAAUGCAUCUACGAGUACAUCGACCCCUUCGCCGUCUGCUUCGCGAUCCACAAACCAUCGAAGAACACCGUCAGAAACGGCUAAACGAGUCCUGUACUGUGCCAAUGCAGGUGACGCGCGCACGGUCCUAUGUCGGAAUGGAACUGCAAUACGAUUGACACAAGAUCAUAAAGUGACUGAUCCAUCCGAAGGGUCCCGCAUAAGGCAAGCUGGGGGUGUGAUUAUGCGAGGCCGUGUAUUUGGCACACUAGCUGUUUCACGGAGCUUGGGCAAUCACAUAUCAUACGACGGUAUCCGGAUGAAACAAUACGUGAUUUCCACGCCGUACACAUCUCGGACGGAGUUGACGGACGAAGAUGAGUUUUGCAUCAUUGCGUGCGAUGGUCUUUGGGAUGUAAUUACAGAUCAAGAUGCAGUCAACCUUGUGCGGCGUAUCAAGGACGCUCAGUACGCGAGCAAGAUUCUCGUUAAUCAUGCACUUCGUAAUGACGUUCAGCCGACGCGGGACAAUGUCACAGUUAUGGUUGUGCGGUUCAAGGACUUUGUAUCACAGUGA